UAUCAUGCCCAAUACGAAUCCUCCGAAAAGACGAAGACGACGACAACGACGAUGAGGGAUAUCUUCUGGCACUUGGUGGGCAUUAGCACCGGCCUGAAGAUCCUCCUCAUUCCUGCCUAUCAUUCCACAGACUUCGAGGUGCACCGCAACUGGCUGGCCAUCACGCACAGCUUGCCGCUUAACCGUUGGUACGUGGAGGCCACCAGCGAGUGGACGCUGGACUAUCCGCCUCUCUUCGCAUACUUCGAGUGGCUGCUGUCGCAGGUGGCCCGCUAUGUGGAUCCCCGGAUGCUGGAGGUGCACAACCUCAACUACGAGUCGAAGGCGACGGUGUACUUCCAGCGGCUGUCGGUGAUUUUCACGGAUCUGGUCUAUGUGCUGGGCGUCCGCAGCUGCCUGGGUGCAUUGGGACUGGCACGCGACUCGCAGCAGCACUUUGCCGGCGCCAUGCUGCUGCUCCUCAACGUGGGACUGCUCUUCGUGGAUCACAUUCACUUCCAGUACAAUGGCUUCCUGUUUGGCAUCCUCCUGCUGAGCAUUGGGUGUCUCAUCAGGCAGCGCUACUUGUGGAGCGCAUUUGCAUUCGCCGUCCUGCUGAACUUCAAGCACAUCUUCCUGUACAUGGCCCCAGCCUUUGGAGUAUAUCUGCUGCGCUUCUACUGCCUGGAGCAGGCCAGCGUGGCAGCCAUGGCGGCGGCAGUGGUCAAGCUGCUGGCAGUGGGACUCACACCGUUUGCCGUGGCCUUUGGUCCAUUUGUGCAGCAACUGCCGCAGGUCUUGGCCCGGCUAUUUCCCUUCAAGCGAGGCCUGACGCACGCUUACUGGGCGCCCAAUUUCUGGGCUCUCUACAACACCGCCGACAAGGUGGCAGCCAGCGUUCUGCGAGUGCCACCGGGUGCUGCCUCGACUACGUCGGGUCUGGUGCAGGAGGUGAAGCAUACGGUGCUGCCAGCUAUUACACCGCCAGUGACGUUCGCCCUGACCGUCCUCUUCAUGCUGCCCAUUCUAGUGAAGCUCUUCAGGAGUCCUAAAAAACAAAGCCCUUUGGUGUUCCUGCGCUCGGUGGUUCUCUGCGGCUGCUCCUCCUUUGUCUUUGGCUGGCAUGUCCAUGAAAAGGCCAUCCUGAUGGUACUAAUUCCACUCUGCCUACUAACCCUGGUCAACCGCGAGGAUGCAAGAUACGCCUAUAUCCUGGGCAUCGCAGGCUACUUCUCACUGUUCCCGCUGCUCUUCGACCCGGAUCUGUUCAUACCCCGCUACUCACUGUACAUGUCGUACGUGGCCAUGCUUUACGGCCAGCUGUAUCGCAUCUUUCCCGGCUUCCGGGGCUUCCGUGUCUGGGAGUGGCUCUACAUGCUCGGCUUUCUGGCUAUUCCUCUGUACGAGCACGUGCUGGCUUUUCUGCUGGGCCUGGACAAGCGGCUGCCCUUCCUGCCGCUCCUGCUGACCUCAGUGUAUGCAGCACUUGGGGUCCUGUACUUCUUUGGAGGCUACUACGUGUAUGCCUUGGGCCUCAGCUGGGGUGGCAAGGUGGCAGUGCCUCCGAAGGCGACGGCGUCGUCAGUUAAGAGAAAACGAAAGACCAAAUAAAGGAAGAGAAUGAAAG